AUGGAGGUUUACCCAAGGAUCUCCUCUACAGCAACUUCCCGAGUGGAAGGCUGCGACACCAUUUUCUCCACCCUCGACCCACUGUAUCGUGAUGUGCGAGCUAGGGCAGUUCUUUCAUUGUUUGGACCUGGCCGGCUACGCGCUUCGGCAGAGAAUGACGGCAUAAUCGGCGAAUUGGUGACAAAGUUUGUCGAAAUCAUGAAAAUGGAGAAGGGAAUGGCUUGCCAACAGCGAGUCCAUGGCGAAGGGACAAGAAAGGUCGACAUUCUGGACCUUGCGUCAAAGCUGUCCAUCGAUGCCCUGACCAAAUCUCUCUUCAAGAAAAGUUACGGGGGCCUAGAUGAGCACUUGAGCGCUCCUGAACCGACGUCAGGCGCAACAACAAUCGGAAAGGGACAUAAACUUUCCGCGACGCCCUUCGUUCUGGCAAUUGUUGCCUUCAGCCGGUUCUCUCUCCUCCCAAACUGGCUCUUCCGCAUGGUCUUCUCCCUUCUGGUGGGUCCCACUUUGUCCGAGCCCGAAGUCGCGGCGUCGUUGAAUCGUAUCUCUGAAUAUACGACUGGGAUUAUGGACCAGUGUGCCGUCACCGACGCAUCUUCUGAGCGAUUUGAUAGAGAUACAUAUCAAUCUCGACUUUUCUCCGCAGGCAUAUCAUAUUCAGAGACUCUCAUUCAAUGCAAGGCUGCCAUGUUCGCAGGCGCAGACUCGACCGCGGUCAUGCUUCAACUAUUCUCUUUCAUCUCAUCCAACAUCCAGACUGACCAAGUAUUUCCAUAUCUGCGGGCCGUCAUUCGAGAGGGUCUUCGACUAGGGAUGGCAAAUCUAGCACGCUUGACCCGGAUUGUACCCCCGGAGGGCACAGGGCUCACCGUAAGUGGAAUCUAUCUACCGCCGGGUACAAUCGUGGGUGCAGCUGCAUAUGUGUUCCACCAUAAUCCGGACAUUUUCCCGGACCCGUUUGAAUUCCGUCCCGAGAGAUGGAUGUCGGGGCGUGGGGAAGGACAGCAGGUCGAACAAGCAAGGCGGCUCAUGGAUAAAGCUAGCUUUCCUUUUGGCCUCGGGUCGCGAGCAUGCAUUGGUCGAAACCUGGCAAUGCAACAGCUAUUUUCUACGGUAAGCGCUGUUGCGAAGAGUGGGGUACUGGAAGGAGCAACGACCUACACCGAGAAGAUCGAGCUGGUUGAAUGGUUCAACGCAGAGAUUAAAGGUCAUCACCUUGAUAAGUGGCUGUGA